AUGGCGACGGCCGUGGCGAGCUGGAGGGACUCCUACAAGGGGAUGUCGUCCGACAAUAUCAAGGGUUUGGUUUUGGCGCUGUCUUCCAGCUUCUUUAUUGGUGCUAGCUUCAUUGUCAAGAAGAAAGGGUUGAAGAAGGCUGGUGCCUCGGGCGUCAGGGCAGGAAGUGGGGGCUAUUCUUACCUGUACGAACCUCUAUGGUGGAUCGGCAUGAUAACAAUGAUUGUUGGGGAAAUAGCUAAUUUUGCGGCUUAUGCGUUUGCACCUGCUAUACUGGUUACUCCACUUGGUGCUCUCAGCAUCAUCAUCAGUGCUGUUCUUGCACACAUUAUUUUAAGAGAGAGGCUUCAUAUUUUCGGCGUUCUUGGUUGUGCACUUUGUGUUGUGGGUUCCAUAACCAUCGUCCUGCAUGCUCCCCAAGAACGCGAAAUCGAAUCUGUGAUAGAAGUCUGGAAUCUGGCUACAGAGCCUGCUUUUCUGUUCUAUGCAGCCUUGGUUAUAACUGCCGUGUUUGUACUUAUAUUUCACUUCGUCCCUGACUACGGCCAGACACAUAUUAUGGUGUACAUAGGAAUAUGCUCUCUUGUUGGUUCUCUGUCGGUCAUGAGUGUUAAAGCAAUUGGGAUUGCGUUAAAGUUGACACUAUCAGGAAUGAAUCAACUUAUCUAUCCCCAAACCUGGGCCUUCACAAUGGUGGUCAUUACUUGUGUGCUUACGCAGAUGAACUAUUUGAACAAGGCACUUGAUACCUUCAAUACUGCCGUUGUAUCCCCCAUCUACUAUGUAAUGUUCACAUCACUAACCAUUUUGGCGAGUGUGAUUAUGUUCAAGGAUUGGGAUAGGCAAAGUCCAACCCAGAUAGUGACGGAGAUGUGUGGGUUUGUGACCAUCUUAUCAGGCACAUUUCUUCUCCACAAAACCAAGGAUAUGGCUGACGGUUCAGCAGCACUCCCUGUCAGAAUACCGAAGCAUUCAGAAGAGGAUGGGUAUGAAGGCGAAGGAAUCCCUCUCAAGCGCCAGGAUGGAAUGCGAUCGGCUUCCCAUUAG